AUGAAUCUUGGCAGUGCACAUAACAUACCCCAUUAUAAAACUUUGGAAGAUGUCAUCCGAGGCAUCAAAAAGGCCGGCUUGGAAUACUCAAAUUUGAUUUUCGGCAUUGAUUAUACCAAAUCGAAUAAAUAUCAAGGUGAAAGAACAUUCGAUGGAAGAAAUCUACAUUCCAUCAGCUCUAAAGAACUAAAUCCCUAUCAACAGGUCAUUGAAAUUGUCGGAAAGACGUUAUCGUCAUUUGAUGCAGAUGGCGUUAUACCAGCAUAUGGAUUCGGUGAUGAAGAGUCAACGGAUCAGCGUGUUUUCAAUUUGUACGACAAAAAUGAUCUGCUUGCUGAGUGUAACGGAUUUGAAGAAGUGCUGAAGAUUUACAAUGAGAAAACACCAUAUAUCGGGAUGUCCGGGCCCACGAAUUUCGUACCUUUAAUUGAGCAGGCAGUGGCAAUUGUGCGCGAGAAGCAAUCGUAUCACAUAUUGGUUAUAGUUGCCGAUGGUCAGGUAACGAACGAGAAAAUUAACCAGAAAGCAAUUGCUGCCGCAUCACACUAUCCAUUAUCAAUUAUCAUGGUUGGCGUUGGCGACGGGCCGUGGAAUAUGAUGACUCGAUUUGAUGAGACACUCCCAAAGCGGAUGUUCGACAAUUUCCAUUUCGUUGAUUUUCAUAAAGUGAUGUUUAAUGUACCAAACCAGGAAGCGUCAUUUGCACUGAACGCACUUAUGGAAAUCCCGGACCAGUAUAAGGCAAUCAAGGAACUUGGCUUAUUGAAGCAUUCCCGACGUGGAUAA